GGGCACGAGAGUGGCAACCAUGGUUAAGUCACUCAAGUUCCCACCCACGAGGAUAUAAAUGACCAAACCAACCAGAAGUUAUGCCCGCUUAUCCAAGUUAUCCACACACUUCAAUAGUUUCAGCAACUCAAACGUAGGCAUAGAAGUGGUAACUAAUGUUUUAGCGCGAAAUCUGUCACCUAAAACACGGGAAAAUCCAGUCCGGAGUAAAAUAUUUUGUUAACACAAGAAUUCCAGAUACAUCGCGACCCAGUUUCAAGUCCCUGUGACAUCACAGUAGGUGGUUCUUUUUUCGCGACUGUGGCGAUCGACGCGCAACACGAACCAACUGCGCUAUAAGCGAGGAAACCAAGCGUGAUUCAUUUAUGUACACAGAACUGCAGACACAUCAAAAAUGGUGUUUAGAACGAAAAGUAGCGACAAAAAGAAAGUACGUAAAAUGGCAAGAAAAAGUACAUAGAGUAUGAGAGUAUGGUGCAAGGCACGGCGAAAAUGGUAUUAAAGUGUACGUAUUACCAGAGUUAUAAUACUUGUUUAUAUAGAAUAUACAAAGGGGAACAUAGCCUAUAUAUUAGGACUUGUAUUUUCUUUGAAUACAGUAACAAAGAUCAAGUUAAAUAAAACAACGAAAAUAAGUGAAUUAACAUUAAAACGACAGUCGUUAAACCACACUUUAUGAGUAAAACUACUACUUUUAAUGAUUUUUUAUAUGAUCACGGCAGUGGGCCCAUGUAUUAUCGUCCGCCUGAAUUGUUUGGUUUUAAGAGAUGUAAUCCAUUAGGCCCAAAAAUCAAUACAAUGUUGUAAUGUCAUUUUGUACAAGUGUAAGGAUUCAUAGGCUGGAUGUUGUGGGGUGUCAGUCAACAACAGAUUUGUAAAACACUUAAUAGUGAUUGUUCAACCCAGUUGUCAAGAAUUAGUUGCUUAAAUCACAGAAAAACAAUCACCUACAAAGUUACUUACGUGGUAACUUGUAAGCGGGCACGAGGUGUAUGAAACAGAACACCCGUGUUAUAACGGCUGUCGUUGCCCCGCCAUGCGAGGAUAAAUAAGUUCGAUUUAUCAUUGUUUUAUAUCUUUAGCUGCCAAAUAUUAGUUACAAUGGAGGAACCACUCGCUGAUUUCACUGAAAAGUUAGGUGGGGUUUUAAUUAACGACAACGAAAGUGUGGAAGUUUUGAACAACAAUGAAGAAGAGAAUUUAUUGAACACGACUGUCGAUUCGGAAAAUAAUAUUGAUGAAGUUGAAACUGUGGCUCAGGAUGAAUUAAAUGAAGAUGAAGUUAGUGAAAAUGAGUAUUUGUUGGAAACAGAAACUUCUGAUGUAGUUUAUACAGACACAAGUGAUGUGAAAUCAAAGUUAUGUUCGGAUCCAGAUGAACAUGACAAUUUACAUGGGCUGGCUAGGCAGUAUGACUCUUUAAAUUUAUCUGAAGCGAAAUUGACAAAGGAAUGUUUUGAUGAAACACCAGAUGAAAUAGAGUCGGUUGAUAAUAAUGUUUCAAUAAACGAUGAAAUAUAUGAAAAGAAUGAAAACGCAGAUAUUUUAAUUCAACCCGAAGCAAAAUUGGUUGAACAAUAUUCGCCGAUGAAAACUGUGCAGCCUGUUGAACUUACAUCACUACCUACUAUUAUUCCUUUUAAUAAUAUCGAACAACCAGAAGACAGUCCAUGGCAGCUGCAGCAAACAGUUGCUAAAAAUCCAGAUUAUGUUCAAAAUAGUGAACCAACAGUGCAACAUGAUUCGCCAGCCCAAGAGUCGAGUGAUAUUUGGGCAAAACAGGAGGUGAAUGGACAUGAUGAACGCCCUAUGUUUGAAUUGAUGCCAAAUGUACCUGUGAAAAGAAUAUCUUACGAUUGCGACAGUUGUGCGGGAGUAGAGGACAUUGAAGCAGCUGUGCAACAAGCGAAGAUUGAUUCUAACCAUGAACCUGUAGCUGAUGACCCAUGGGUUAAAAUGGCUCCUACUAAAACCACAAGUAUAUCAGCACCUUCUACUUCAGUGCAACCAACUAAAAGUAUUGAGUCUGCCGUCCCAAGAUCCGAGUCCGCCCACCAUAUAAAGGAAGACGCACCCACCCCCACACAAACCCCCCACAACCCAGUGCUUAACGUGCCAGGCCCAUGUGAAGCAGAGGAUUUGAUUGACGGGAUAAUUUUCACUGCGAAUUAUCUUGGUUCGACUCAACUUCACUCUGAGAAGAAUCCUGGCAAGACAGCAAGGAUGUUACAAGCGCAAGAGGCCGUCAAUCGCAUCAAAGCUCCGGAAGGUGAAUCGCAACCAAGUGUUGAAGUUGAUCUGUUUGUUUCUAUUGACCGAGUGAAAGUAUUGAAUGCAGACACGCAAGAGACAAUGAUGGACCACACUUUGAGGUCGAUAUCAUAUAUUGCUGAUAUCGGCACUUUGUUGGUUGUCAUGGCGAGAAGAAGAUUACCGAAAAAUGAUUCCGAGGAGCCGAAGUUAAUGAGGGAACCAAAGCCCAGUCGUGCUUAUAAAGUUAUCUGCCAUGUAUUUACUUCAGGAGAUGCGAGAAUCAUGGCACAGGCUAUCGGGCAAGCUUUUAGCGUCGCUUACCAGCAAUUUUUAACUUCUAACGGGAUUGAGCCGCAAACAUUAACUCCGGCUGCGUUCAAUGAGUUGCUUGAUAUGCAGGAAAUGUACCAUGAUGAUCUGGUGCACUACUCGAGGAGGGAGAAUGUUAAAGAUGUUUGGAUUGAAAAGACAAAAGGAGAAGCACUGGGUGUUGUGGUCGUGGAAUCCGGGUGGGGGUCGAUCGUCCCAACUGUCAUUCUCGCUAAUUUACAACACGGAGGUCCAGCGGAAAGGUCCGGAAAACUGAGCAUUGGAGAUCAAAUAAUGAGCGUAAAUUCAACCAGUCUUGUUGGCUUGCCACUAACCACUUGCCAAAGCAUCAUUAAAGGUUUAAAGGGACAAAGUCUUGCAAGGCUGAACAUUGUAUCAUGCCCACCUGUUGUGACUGUGCUGAUUAAGAGGCCUGACCUCAAGUACCAACUCGGGUUCUCUGUACAGGAUGGGAUUAUAUGCAGUUUGAUGAGAGGUGGAAUAGCUGAGAGGGGCGGGGUGAGGGUUGGGCAUCGUAUUAUUGAAAUAAAUGGCAUGAGUGUGGUGGCAAUACCACAUGAACGUAUUGUGCAUAUGCUUGUAUCUUCAGUGGGUGAGAUACAAAUGAAAACAAUGCCAGCCAUGAUGUAUAGGCUGUUGACUGGGCAAGAACACCCAGUAUAUAUAUAAGUUACGCUUGUCGCUUAUUUAUGGCAGCUGUAAACUUAUACACCUGCUUGAGGCAGUAUAAUAUUCUUCUUCUGCUGUUGUUGCUGCCAGUAAUAAUAUGUUUUAGAAACUGCUGUUCUGGUAAAAUUAACCUAAGAUUUAUUAAAGCGAGUGACACUAUCUGGGUAUCAGCUCUAUGGUUGACCCAUAAGCACCUAACCUCUGGAAUGCAAGGGUACACAAAAGUCUUUAAGUGGCCAUGUUAGGUACCCCCCUGCAUUCAAAAAGUUUGGAACUUAUGGCGCCCUAUAUCACAAACAAAAAAUUGUUUUCAAUAAAUCUUAUAUUUUUACCAGAAACUCAGUGACUAAAAUGUUAACUUUGACUCGUUUUAUCUCUGACAUCAAACUAAACAUUAUUUUUGUAAAAAUGUAAAUUAAAGAUCAUAGUUUUGUUUCAAGCUGCCAACACAACAAGUUCAUUUAGGUUUUAUUCAUUUAAAAUAUGAAGGUACAUUUGUAACACUGAGACUUAUAAGCAAGUAUAAUGAGUCUGCAAUGUAGGGCUGGGUUUCUAAAACCAGAGCUUCGGAAACUAAAAGUUAAUUCAGAAACCUGGGGUGACAGGGUGGGCAGGCCAACCUUAAAAUUGUUCCGCACUUACAUUAAUAAGUAAACAUUACACACAAUAAAUUGUUAUUAUUUUUGGGAUUGUGUCCAACUAUCCCUGCCUCCCCUUUGUUUUUGCCACCUACGAUUCAGAGAACAAAGUAAUUGAUUUUUUUGCAAUCUUUUUUUAGUUGACUACAAUUAAAAUAAGGAUUUUUUUAGCUUUUAGAACAGAGUUCUAACUGAAAUCCAGCCCUGCUGUUAUGUGUAUGUUGCAUGCGUGCUUCAACGUUAUAUAUUUAUCAUAUUAAUGCACUAGUAGCAAUACACAGUGUUAUUUUACCAUUACAUUCGUUAUUAUAAUAAUAGAUUUGUUGUAACAUCAAAUUUCAGCAUUUGUGAGUUUGCAGACUUUAGUUUCAAUUUGUUGUAAACGCAAUCUUGCUUUCAAAGUGAAUUUCAAUUAAAGAUCUGGUACAGAU